UUAAGGAAGGAAAAUUACUAUUUUUCUCCGCAUCAUUCCAGCUUCAUUGCAAUUUGCACGCACGCCACUCUCCCGAUACUCUCUCUAUGGCAUCAUCUGAUUCCAACGCUACCAACAUGCUUCAAGCAAUUCGCUACAACCGUGGGUCUCUUCAGCUUCUCGAUCAGACAAAGCUUCCUUUAGAAAGCGUUUACUUGGAAAUUCGUGAUUCUAAUGAUGGCUGGAAUGCUAUACGAGAUAUGGUGGUCCGGGGAGCACCUGCUAUUGCUAUUGCAGCGGCACUUUCGCUGGCUGUGGAGGUGUCCAAUUUAGAUGAUUUUAAUGGUUCUACUGAUGAUGCUGUUUACUUCCUGCAGAAGAAGUUGGACUAUCUUGUCUCGAGUCGGCCAACCGCGGUGAACUUAUCAGACGCUGCGACCAAACUCAAAGAAAUCAUAUCUAAGGCUGCUGCUACCACUUCAGAGGCCAAGGGCGUGUUUCAGGCAUAUCUAGAGGCUGCUGAAAUAAUGCUUGAGGAUGAUGUUGCAUCAAACAGAGCAAUUGGAACUUAUGGAGCUAGUUUUAUUCAAAACCAAACAGAAAAACUGAAGCUUUCUGUUUUGACCCAUUGCAAUACUGGAAGUUUAGCUACAGCUGGAUAUGGUACUGCUCUUGGUGUAAUUCGUGCACUUUACAGCGGGGGAGUUUUAGAAAGGGCUUACUGCACAGAAACACGCCCCUUCAAUCAAGGAUCCAGACUUACUGCCUAUGAGUUGGUACAUGACAAAAUACCAGCAACUCUUAUUGCAGAUUCUGCUGCAGCUGCAUUAAUGCAAGCAGGGCGUGUGGAUGCUGUUGUUGUUGGCGCAGAUCGUGUCGCAUCAAAUGGUGACACAGCAAACAAAAUUGGAACCUAUAGUGUUGCCUUAUGCGCCAAGUUUCAUAAUGUACCUUUUUUUGUGGCUGCCCCCUUGACUUCCAUCGAUCUAUCACUUUCUUCUGGACAACAAAUUGUCAUUGAAGAGAGAUCUCCCAAGGAGUUGUUGAACAUGCGUGGAGGACUUGGAGAGCAGGUUGCUGCCUCAGGAAUAUCUGUGUGGAAUCCGGCUUUUGAUGUUACACCUGCUAAUCUAAUAUCUGGGAUCAUCACUGAGAAGGGUGUCAUUACAAAGACGCCUGCUGGCGAUGCUUUUGACAUAAAAGCUUUCGUACAGAAAACAGGUUAAGGGUGGAAUGUAUUCAGUACUAAUGCUCUAUGGUGUGAUAUGAAAUGCUAUGUUUCACCCAUUGUAGAUUUGAGUUGAAUGUUUUCAAGGGGUGUUGUAGAUCUACUCAUUCAAUAUAACUAUCCCCGGAGAAUAAAUGGUGACCUGGUUAAUAAACAAGUAAAUGAGAAAUUGGCGGCUACCAUGACUUGCGUCGAUAAAAUGGAAUGGUAGUUCUCAGAAAAACAGGACAUAGUUUUGUUUUGUUUUUUACAGCAAGACAUAAUUGUAUAAGAUAACAAGGUUCUAAAAAUAUGUAAUGCUUCUUAUGAUGUCAAAUAAAUAUUAUAUUCUAGGGUGCUUAUACAGUGGCC